AUGGCUCCGCUGGUAUCUUUCUUAAUGCAAAAUUGGGUAGAGCUAGACGUAACACCUCUGCAGACCGGUUUAUGGCUUUGCAUUCUCCUUCUCCUUUCUGUUCUUUUGUUGCUUAAACUCAAUAGAAGGAAAAACCUCACCUUGCCUCCAUCCCCACCAAAGCUACCCAUUAUCGGCAAUCUUCACCAACUGCUAGGCCCUCUCCUCCAUCGCACUCUCCAAGGCUUGUCAAAGAAGUAUGGCCCUCUGAUGCUCGUACACUUCGGUCAAUCUCCGGCUCUCAUUGUUUCAUCUGCUGAUAUGGCUAGAGAAAUGAUGAAGACUCACGAUAUCGGUUUCCUCAACCGCCCCAGACACACAACGGCAAAAAUUUUCCUUUAUAAUUGCACUGAUCUUGCUUUCACGCCUUAUGGCGAGUAUUGGAGACAACUUAGGAAGCUUUGUGUCGUUGAACUCCUGAGUAUUAAAAGAGUGCAAUCAUUUCAAUAUGUUAGAGAAGAGGAAGUUGUCGUUUUGAUGAAUAAAAUUCGCGGUUCUUGUUACAAGGGAGGUUCUGUUAAUUUAAGUGCGAUGCUAGUAGGUGUUUCGGACAAUAUAGCAUCCCGCUGCAUUCUUGGUAGGAGAGCUGAAGAAGAAAAUGGUGAGAGCAAGUUUGGGGAGAUAGCAAAGAAACUGACGUCACAAUUUGCAUCCCUCUGUAUUGGAGAUAUGUUUCCGUCUUUUGGGUGGGUAGAUGUAGUGACAGGACUGAUUGGCCGUUUGAAGGCAACUUUCAAGGAAUUAGAUGCUUUUCUUGAUGAGGUAAUCGAAGAACAUAGGAUAGAAGAAAGAGAUGGUAAAGGUAAGCAGUCUGACAAGAAAGACUUCGUGGAUAUUCUCCUCCAACUUCAUAGAGAUGGCAUGUUUGAGGAGCUCAAUAAAGACAACCUUAAAGCAAUCCUUAUGGAUAUGUAUGUGGGAGGAGCUGAUACAACUUCAACAACUUUAGAAUGGGUGAUGACAGAACUUAUAAAAAACCCUAACCUAUUAAAGAGAGCCCAACAAGAGGUAAGAACUGUGGUAGGGAACAAAACAAAGAUUGAUGUGAACGACAUUGAGAAGAUGGAAUAUGUGAAAUGUGUCAUCAAAGAAAGUUUGAGAUUACGUGCAACAGCUCCUCUUUUGGUUGGACGAGAAACUACAGAAAAUGUGAAAAUGGGAGGUUAUGAAAUUCCUGCUAAUACUAGAGUGUAUGUUAACGCUUGGGCAAUUCAAAGGGACUCAGAACAUUGGGAGAGACCAGAAGAGUUUAUUCCAGAGAGAUUUAUGAACAACUCGAUUGAUUUCAAAGGUCAACACUUUCAAUUCAUCCCUUUUGGUGCGGGGAGAAGAGGUUGUCCUGGGAUGACAUUUGGAGUUGCUGUUAUUGAGUAUGUGACUGCAAACCUUCUGUAUUGGUUUGACUGGAAAUUGCCUGCAGGUAUAACCGAAGACAAACUGGACAUGACUGAGGCUAAUGGCAUUGCCAUUCAUAGGAGCGUUCCGCUUCAUCUUGUGCCAACUCUCUACUCUCCUUAA